AUGAUCACAAGCAUGAGUAGUCUGCAUUCGGAACAGUCAUCAAACAAGCGGAAAAUGGACAUCAAGAAGGCCCAGAUUGAGCGGUGGAUUGACAGGGCCAAUAUUCCUCUUAUAGCUGGCACAUUCGAACCUGACUUCCAGAUAUUGGCAGGAAUACUCAGGAAAAGGUGCGAUGCCGUGAGGAGGCCGUGGGACGUGCGCGAGACGGACGACGCCUUCCACAUCCGCCUCGACAUGCCAGGUCUGUCCAAGGAGGAGGUGUCGGUGAAGCUGGAGAAUGGCGAUCUGGUGAUUCGCGGAGAGCACAAGGUGGAGACCGCGGAGGAGACCGGCGGGGAGGAGGAAGAGGGGCUUCGGGAUGCGCGCGUCGCCAAGUCCUACCAGGUAACUCUGGCCCUUCCGGACAACGUGCUGACGAAUCAGAUCAAGGCGGAGAUGAAGAACGGCGUGCUCACUGUCACCAUGGCCAAGGUUGCCCCGCCAGAGGCUGGACCUGCUGCUGUUGAGAUUCCAGUUGCGUGA